GUGUGUCUUUCUUUCUGUGUGCGUGUGUGUAUCUUAUGUUGUGUUAUACUGAUAAGCAUUAAUUGUCAAAAGCAACGCCAAACAAUAACAAAAGCGGGCAGCAGAACUUUUGCCCACUCACAAGAUCAUUCCAAAACCAGACGCAGUUGUUGUUGCCGCUGCUGCUGCGCUGUCUGCGCAUAGCUUCGUGACGUUUCCACUAGCAGCUGAUAAGGCGCCACAUAUUACACAUUUCGCACGAACGCUCUCUCCCUCUCUUUUCACCCGUCUCUCUCUCUCACUCACUCGUUCUCUCUCUCUCUGUCACGCUCUCGCCAAUUGGCUUGCUGAGCUGUGCUUUUCGAGUGCUCUGAAGUCACGUCGGUUAUCGGCAGCGACGCGUCGUCGCAAUUUUGCUGGCAUUGCUCUUUGGCACCUUUGGCUAACCAGACACAGUAGCAACAGCUGCAGCAGUAGCCAACUGAAGAAAAUGCCGCUUAAACAGCAACAACUGCAACAAAUGCAACAGCCACAUUCCAAAAGCAACAACAACAACAGCAAUUCCGGAACACGCGAACGUACACAGACGAUUGGGGAAACGGACAUAGAUCAGUCGGUGCUCAAUGGGCUACACCUGGUCGCCGACGGCAACUAUCACGGUCACAAGCGUCAGCUGGGACACAGAGUAUUUGUGAACCGAUCGCUGCAUUUGGAGAAUAUCAAGUACUAUGGCUUCGAUAUGGAUUAUACUCUCGCGGAAUACAAAUCACCGCAAUAUGAGCAGCUGGGCUUCAACUUGGUGAAGGAGCGUCUGGUCUCGAUGGGUUAUCCGAAGGAGAUAUUGCAGUUCGAAUAUGAUCCAACAUUUCCAGUGCGUGGCCUCUGGUUCGACACGCUCUAUGGCAAUCUGCUGAAGGUGGAUGCCUAUGGCAAUAUUCUUGUUUGUGUGCAUGGCUUUGAGUUCAUCAAACACCACCAGGUGUACGAGCUGUAUCCCAACAAGUUCCUCAAGCUGGACGAGUCCAGGGUUUACGUACUGAACACUCUAUUCAACUUGCCCGAAACCUAUUUGCUGGCCUGUCUGACCGAUUUCUUUACCAAUAGCAAAGAUUUUGUUCGCGUUGAACGCGGCAUCAAAGCUGGUGAUUUUCUAUUUACGUAUAAGUCGAUUUUCCAGGACGUGCGACGCGCCGUCGACUGGGUGCAUUCCGAUGGCGAUCUGAAGCGUCGUACCACACAGAAUAUGGCGUACUAUGUGAAGAAGGACAAACGGCUGCCGACGGUUCUGUCGCGCAUACGUGAGUCGGGCGCAAAGCUCUUUAUGCUGACCAACAGCGACUACACGUACACCAACGAGAUAAUGAGCUAUCUGUUUGACUUUCCUCACGGAGCGACUGCGGAUGAGCCGCAUCGGGACUGGAAGAGCUACUUCGAUGUGAUCGUGGUCGAUGCACGAAAGCCGCUGUUCUUCGACGAGGGCACGGUGUUGCGACAGGUGGACACGAAGACGGGCGGAUUGAAGAUUGGCACCCACAUUGGGCCGCUGCAGCCGGGUCAGGUGUAUUCGGGCGGUUCGUGUGAGCUAUUCACCAAGUUCAUCAAUGCCAAGGGCAAGGAUGUGCUGUAUGUGGGCGAUCACAUCUUUGGCGAUAUACUCAAGUCGAAGAAGAUUCGCGGCUGGCGCACGUUCCUCAUCGUGCCGGAGCUGGUGCGCGAGCUGCACGUGUGGACGGAUGAGUGCCAACUGUUCGCGGAGCUACAGAAUCUGGACAUCAAGCUGGGCGAUCUGUAUCGCGAUCUGGACUCGAGUGCCAAGGUAAAGCCGGACAUAUCACAACUGCGCACCUGCAUUCGGGACGUGACACACAAAAUGGACAUGUCGUACGGCAUGAUGGGCUCCCUAUUCCGUUCUGGCUCCCGCCAGACCUUCUUCUCCAGCCAGGUAGUGCGAUACGCCGAUGUCUAUGCCGCGACGCUGCUCAAUCUCAUCUAUUAUCCGUUUUCCUAUAUGUUCCGUGCACCGGCCAUGCUGCUACCCCACGAGUCGACGGUCGCCCACGAUCAGGCCCAUCCGCCGCCCACAGCGGCGUCAACGUCAAGUGCUUCCUCAGCGGCUCUUGAGGGUAUCUAUACCGGCAGCUCCGUCAUCACUGGCACCACCACCAGCAGCAGCAGCAGCAGCACCGUCGCAUCCAAGCUCAGCUCGGCUCCGCGCACUGAUGAAGUUAUAGCUGCAGUAGCGGCCGUGCCCGCGACCGCCGGCAAGGAUCCCAAGGAUUUGCAUCGUGCGAGCUCCAUUGUGCACACACGCCCGUCUACGCCCACUGUGGUCACUCACACCCACGACGAGGACUACUCGGAGGAGGAGGAAACGGCCAGCGGUCCAGAAUCCGCAUCGGAGCAACAGCAGCGCGAAGCAUCCGACUAAAUGAUGUCGCUCCCCCAACGCGGAGAUCAACGAAUUUGCAAACCGACCUGUUUCUUUUGUCAAUUUGGCAGAUCUACUCCGUAUACCUAAGUGAAGGUUGCAGCCUCCUUUCCCCAAACCCCUUUCCCACUCCCCAAUUGCAACUAGUGAGAAACAAGCGAUUUUUUUUCGAUUUUACAUACAUAUAUACAAUUAUAAAAUCUAUAUAUAAAAUAUGUAUACAUAUAUAUACACUAGCUGGUUGGUUCCAUUUGCCCAAAAUAUAUAAAAGAUGUAU